CGUUUAAGCCCGUACGUGGCAGUCAGAGAGCAGUACACAGCAGCCGAGGCUAAUGCGGCUCCUCUCCCGCAACUGUUCACUCAUACAAACUGACAUCCCGCACUCGGACAGGAUUUACUGAAGCGAGGAACUCCCUCUACAUCGUCAGGCUUGGUGUGACGCUAGCUGUUUAAACAUUUUAAACAUGUUUACCGUGUCGGAGCUGGUUGUCUUGCUGGCCGUCCUGUCCGCCACCGCGUCCGGCUACUUCGUUAGCAUAGACGCCCAUGCCGAGGAAUGCUUCUACGAGCGGGUCAACUCCGGCACAAAGAUGGGCCUCAUGUUCGAGGUGGCUGAAGGCGGCUUUCUGGACAUCGAUGUCGAGAUAACGGGGCCUGAUGGCAAGCAGAUUUACAAAGGCGACAGAGAGUCCAGUGGGAAGUACUCUGUGGCGGCACACAUGGACGGAACCUACAAGUUCUGCUUCAGCAACAAGAUGUCAACCAUGACACCCAAGAUCGUCAUGUUCACCAUCGAUAUCGGAGAGGCACCUAAAAACCAGGACAUGGAGACAGAAGCCCACCAAAACAAGCUGGAGGAGAUGAUCAACGAGCUCGCUGUUGCCAUGACAGCUGUAAAGCACGAGCAGGAGUACAUGGAGGUUCGCGAGAGGAUACACAGAGCAAUCAACGACAACACAAACAGCAGAGUGGUGCUGUGGUCGUUCUUCGAAGCUCUGGUUCUGGUGGCAAUGACACUUGGACAGAUUUACUACCUGAAGAGAUUUUUUGAAGUACGGCGAGUGGUGUAGUGCACUUACAUGAUCCCUCUGUGUCCUCCACUGUUUUCUCCAACACCAAGACAGUUAUUUACACUCUGGAAAAUGAGACUGGCAGUUUUGAGUAAAGCCUACAUUUGAUUGGAUCUCAGAUGUUUUGUUCUCCUGUUACCCGUUUGGUUCCUUCUGAAAAAUGUAAUUUAGUGUUUGUUUGGAACGAAUGGCCAAAAGAUUCUUGGAUAGAUGUCAGAUUUCAUUAGUUUUUCUUUUGUUUUGUUUCACAGAUUCUUUUGUCCAACACUGUUUGAUAAUUACAGUUACAUACCAAUAACUAGCCAGUACAGAUUUGCCCGUGUGAAUGACUGUGAGGCUCAUAAUGUUAAGAAAAUGCAGGCUAAUGAAUAAGACGUAGAAAUGCACAUAAAUGGAUAGGCAUGUGUGGAGUCACCACAGGAGAAUGUAGCCCUUAUUAAGAUAUAAAUCAAGACUUCAUUCCUAUGAUUUAAAAAUGGCAAACAAGAAAAACAAAUGCUUUAGAAUUUUUGUCUGAGACGCUGGAGGUUUUGUUUCCAGUGUCUAAGCCAAGUCAGACAACGUACUGGCAGAUAUGUGAUAUCUGUACAUUGUGUUAAUGCUCUCAAAACAACAAAUUGCACUCCUGAUGGAUUCAUCUAAAUAUCUGAAGGAUUUACUCUGCAGCUGGUCUUUAAGGGAAACUGUACAGCUUCUAGCUCUGCCUGUUGAAUCAUAGCGUUCUGUACCACUGGAGGGGUUCAGUUCACAUCUUUUGCAGUGAAUCUACAUCACUCAGAACAGAACAGGCGAGGGGGUUUUCAUGGCCUCAGAGUUCACAAGUUGAUUUAAUUUUCAAACACUUCAUUUAAACUUUCACUUAGCAGUACGACCCUGAAGAGCUGAGGCAGGCUUGGAUUUUAAUCUGAACCACUUGGGGUGCAGCUCCCAAGUGUAGAGGAAUACUGAAAUACGUGUUACAUGUUGAUUGAGGGUGGGUGGGGGGGUCUGACACCUAUUGACUGCUGUGUGCUUUAGUUGCUCCUAUGAUAGUUAUUUUGUUGGGGUCGGGGAUUUUAAAUUAUAUGAUUGUAUACAAUUUUGAACUGUUUGUUUUUCUUGGAGCAUAUCCUGUGACGUGCAACUGUGUGGAUGUUUCAGAUUAAGACGUUUUACCUUUUUCUAUCCGUAUAUAAGGUAACAAAGUCCGGAAGUCUUUACAGCUGCAACACCGUCAUUGUCGCGUGUCACUGAAUAUGCUCCAGUUUUGUAUUAAAAACAAUCUUUGGUGAGCUCAGGCAGGUCAACUGCUCUGUACACAGUCUCCUCCUUUUUGUGACUACGACAAAAUCUGAUAAAUGGAUCUGUACAAAUGUAGAAUGGUUGUCUGUGGAAAAUGCCCCAGGUUUCAUAAUAAAGCCAAUAUUCUGUACAAUUA